GUCUUCUUAUCCCAUGUGCACGACAAUCUGCUUUUGUUGCUGCUACUACUUUUUUGAGGAGUAAUUCAUAUUUUGAUAGUUUGUCCUUGGAUAAGAUUAACAACUUAUCUAAUUCGAUAAGUUACCUGCAUCCUCGUAAGGUUGGCGAUUGGAAGAAAGUUAUAGUUUUAUAUAUUUUGUUAUUGCGAAGUUAGCAAAAGAUAGACACGAUGAACACGAAUUGGUCAGCUUUGAAAAAUUCUGUAUCGUCAGCCCUUCUCGAUGCAAUUGAGGAGUUUGGUUUCACGGAAAUGACACCGGUUCAGGCCGCGUGUAUUCCUCAAAUGCUAAAUUAUAAAGACGUCGUUGCCGAAGCGGUUACCGGGAGUGGAAAAACGGUUGCAUUUCUUGUCCCCAUGUUGCAAAUAAUGUUGAGGAGAGAAGGAACCUGGAAUAAACAUCAGGUCGGAGGAGUUGUCAUUGCACCAACGAGGGAGUUGGCUAAUCAGAUCAGUAAAGUUUUGGAAAAGUUUUUACUCCAUGUGCCCAAACUAUCUAGACUCCUCUUCAUUGGUGGCACCUCGGUGGACGAAGACUUGGACAAUUUCGAAAAGAAGGGCGGAAACAUUAUCAUUGUUACACCAGGGAGGUUCCACGAUCUUCUGCUACGACAUGAAGGAUCCCUUUUGAAAGCUGCUCUUAAGCACAUGGAAGUUUUAAUUCUCGAUGAAGCAGAUUGCCUUCUUAGCAUGGGAUUUGAAAAGGUUCUAAACGCUAUUUUACAAAUGCUGCCAAAACAACGACGUACCGGUUUGUUUUCCGCCACUCAAACUACCGAAGUUACUAAAUUGAUUCGAGCUGGUUUGAGAAACCCAGUGUCUGUCGUAGUCGUGGACAAAUCGCAAAAGGGGCGAGUUCCUGGAUCUUUGGAUAACAAUUAUUGUAUCCUUGAACCGAAACUGAAGUUUCAUGUUCUUCUAAACUUCAUUAAGAAGCACAAAAAAAAGAAGAUUCUACUCUUUUUCGCAACGUGUGCUUGCGUAGAUUAUUUUGCCUACGUUCUGAAAAAAUUAGUAAAGAAUGUUGCGGUUUCUUCUAUUCAUGGAAAGAUGAAAGAAAAGGGAAGAGUUGCAAUAUUCGACAAAUUUAGGGAAUCUGAAGCCGGCAUUUUAUGUUGCACUGAUGUUAUGGCGAGAGGAAUUGAUAUCACGAAGAAGAUUCAUUGGGUGGUACAAUUUGAUCCUCCGUCUAAUCCUGCAGCAUUUAUUCAUCGUUCUGGGCGUACCGCCCGGAAUGGAGAAGAAGGUUGGGCUUUGAUUAUGCUUCAACCUCAUGAACAAGACUAUGUGGCAUUUAUGGAAGUCAGUCAAAAGGUCAAAAUUAACGAGAUGGACAUGACUGAAUUCAUCAACACAGAGAAGCUUCCCGAAGAUUUGAAGAGUAUUCAUAAAUUACAGAUAGAGGACAAGGCGAUCUAUGAAAAGGCCGUCCGUUCAUUUGUUUCGUACUACAAAGCAUAUUCCAGAUAUGACUGUAACUUGAUACUUCGACUGAAAGAUUUAGAUUUAGGUUCAAUUGCCACAUGUUAUGGUCUGCUAAAAUUUCCCAAAAUGUCAGAACUCAAAGCCCAAAAACCCGACAACUUUUCAGAAGUGGACAUUGACGUAAAUUUAAUCGAAUACAAGGAUAAACAGAAAGAGUUGAGUAGAAAAAGAAAAUUGGAGGUUUAUCAAUCCACUGGAACAUGGCCUGAUCGGAAUAGAAAGUUGAAGAAAAGUAUCACCACCGAAUCUUCAUGGUCAAUAGCCAAGGACAAGAGGACAAAGAAACAGAAUAAGAAAGCAAAACGAGAGGCUCACCAGAACAAAGGAUUAUCCGAUGCAGAAGUGUUGUCCAUGGAGAAAGCAUUUUCUCAAGAAGCAGAACUGUGCUAACUACUAUAUUUCAAUUUUGUAUUUUAUUUUUCAAAUGUUUACUUGAUAUUUGAUUAAAUUUUACACUUGACGAAA